AUGGCACCAAGUAUAAGGGAAUUUAUUAAGUUCCAAAUGGAACAGAUGAAGAAGCAUGGGGAAGAGGCAUCCGGGAAUCAAUUAUGGACAAACCUGAAGAAAAUGUUAGAUGCAAUUCCUAAUUAUAUGUACAUUGAACUGGAAAUACCACAAACACUUUGUAAUGGAGAAAUGUUUGAACAAAUUAUCGGGAAAGACAAAAAAUGGAGCCAGUAUCUGUGUAAGGCCUUGGUUAAAAUAUUCCUCUGGAUGAAUGGUCGGAAUCAGCAUUUGGGUGAGCAGAAGAAGGGGGGAGUAGGAGGCACGAAAAUAGAUGAUAUGGAACUCAUGUUUCGAUGUAUUGCAGGGAACGCAGCAAUAUGGGCCAUGUUUGGAGAUCAUUGUCAAUUGAAUAGUAUGAUAGAUUAUGCAACGGAGGCAGUUAGUGGAGUGUUGAAAGCAUUUGAUGGUGAUGGAACUGUGAGGAGAUGUGGGGACUAUACUUUUAAAGACCAGAAAGUAGGAACAAAAUUAUUAGGUACCUUAGUAAAGGACUGGUUAAAUGCAAACAAGAAUAAAAUGCAAGACUAUUUGGACGUUUCUAACGAGCAGAGCGAUUUGUGCAAGGAAGAAAAGAAUAGUGCGCAUGGCAAAAAAGAAAAAGACACUGAUGAUAACAUUCUGCAGACUGUAACAGGAUACACUGGGAAAGAAAUGCAGGAAGUAGGGGAAAUUGUUAAAGAAGGUAAAUUUGUGUCAGAAGAAAGUGCAAAAGAAAUAAUAGAAAAAGUAGAGAAGGGUCAGUUGGAUGGUGCUGGAGACAUAGAGAAGGUGGUUCAGCAGAAAGUUCAGGAGGACCAGCAGAAGAAAGCGGCACUAUCAACAACUCGAACAGGUGAUGACUGUAAAGAAAGGAGUGGUUUAUGUGAUCGUGUAAAAUGCGUAACAGAAAAAUGGUUCCCAAACAGAAGUCGCCCAAAUAAAAGGGACGAGGACUGGAAUGCAUUCUGGACCCACGACGUCAACAAUCAACUGAUAAGUCUUUCUGGAGACAUGCUCCAGGAGAAACAAAAUGUUGACAAUGAGUGUAAUAACAUUGGGGGGGUAGAUAGUGCAAAUAAAAAAGCAUGCCAAUUCAUUGUUAAGGGUUUAAAACAUAUUUAUGGAAUUCAAAGGGGGACUGAAGGGUCACAACAGAUGAUUGAAGACAACCUCAUAUUCCAUCGAACUAUGUCCUGUGUCUUAUUAAAUGCAUACGCAGAUAAAUUGCUCGAACAUGCACAGAAACAUAACCCUUCCUGUGAUGUGGAAGAAGGCAUAAAGAAAGCCUUUGAAGUUGCAAAACAAAAUAAGAGUACUUGGUGUGUGGAUAAGAGCGGUGGGAAUAAUAAAUGUGAGGUGUGUAGCAGGGAUGGAAGUUAUAAAGAUUGUGAAAUUGGCAAUAGUAAGAGAACAAAUAAGGUAAAGGACAAAGUGAACGAACUAUUCGAGCAGAAGGGCAGCACGAAGAAGGAUCAAAAUAUAGAGAAAGUUAUGGAAGCAAUAACUAACAUAUGUCCAAAAGCACCCAUACCGAAACUCACGGAAAAUUGUGACAUAGUAGGAUUGGAGGAGGAUGAAGACCUCAAUAUAGGUGAGUGGUUCACAAGAUUAAACAAUAAUCCGAUUAAAGAAAACGACGGUUACUAUGAUUGGGAAUGGUGGAGCGCCCUAUCAGCGUUGUGUGAAGACAGUGAAGGUGAAUUAGGUGUAAAGUUCAGUGAGAAGAGUAAGGAAUUCUGCAAAUUAUUAAUAAAAAACCUGUUAAUGGCAACAGGAGAAAAGAAAUUUAAGUGUGAAAGAGAAAUGAAGAAGCCGCGAGUGAAUAAUAUGUGUAUUACAAGAUGUGAUCUUUUCAACUUAUGGUUAAUAUAUGCGAACAAUAAUUGUGCCCAUCAUGAAAAUGUUGAACAUGUAUAUAAGGCAAUGAUGAUUGUAGAGAGUAUAUUGAAUAAUGGGAACAGUAGUAAAGAAUGUGAAUUAUGGAAAAUUAGUAAUAUUAAUAGGAAUGGGGCAGAUUUAGUGUACUUAAUUACUGAGAGUUUAAUGUGUAAACAAGGGAAAGGGAAAUUAGGAGAAAUUCAUGAGAAGAAUUGGUGUAGGGAUGAAAGUAAAAGGACCACUGUAGACCCCGAAACACAGAGACCAAUAGUAAAAAGCGGAAAGAAGAGUUAUGAAGUGGAUACACUAGUAAAGGAUUUAAAGGAUUUAGAGGGGAAUGUUCCGGGGAAGCUGCAGGAAAUGCAGGAAAAAGUGAAGGAAGUGGAGAGGGAGCUUCCAGAUUUGAAGGAAAAGAUAAAGCAGAAAGUAUUAGAGGUUACUUCUACAUUUUCCCCCAAGCAGCCACAGUCACUAUCAUCCUCAAAUAAUGACUGCAACAAGAAGUCUACCUUAUGUGAUCGUGUAAAAUGCGUAUCAGAUAAGUGGCAUCAGAAUAAGGGACAUAACAACGAAGUGAAGUGGAGUAACAUGCGCGAGGACAUUAACAAGGAGGCCACAAAAAUGUUUGGCUAUAUAUCUACAAAGAACGCCGAGAUGAGAACUUUUUGCAGUGGACAUAGAGAAACAAGUAGUAGAAUAGUCACAGACCCAGAGAAAAAAGCAUGUCAAUACAUUACUGCAGGUUUAAAACAUAUAUAUGAAAUUCAGGAGGUAGACACUGAUGGGAACCCACAGGAUAACCGAUUUUUUAAGCAGACUAUGUCCUGUCUGUUGUUGAACGCCUAUGCGGAUAAGUUGGAACGGGAGGUGAAAUCCCCCUGUACGGUGGGUGAGCAAACAAUACAACAAGCAUUUGAGAAAGGAAAUAAAAAGAUAAGUGAUUGGUGUAAGGGUCUGAAUGGCCAGAAUAAUAAUUGUGAAGUUUGUGAUAGGGUUAAAGACCUUAAGAAUUGUACAGUGGGCAAUGAGUAUGUGAAGGCCAAAGUGGAUUCUAUGCUCCACGGAAAUAAGGACAUAGAGAAAACUCUAAGUACUAUAAGUAACUUAUGUGAUCGGGCCCAGUGUAAGGACAGUUGGGACGACAUAAAGGGUAGGAUCGAUCCACUCGCCGGGGACAUGCUUAAGACGAACAGUAGUACGGACAGCUUAUGCGAUAAUAUUAAAGGAGAUAAGGAUGGAAAUGAAUGUGCGAGCAAAGAAGCAUGCAGGCAAAUUGUUAGGGGUUUAAAGCAUAUUUAUGAAAUUCAAGAGGAAAGUGAUGAUGGAGAGGGUGAACCAAAAAAUAAUAGACUAUUUAAACAAACUAUGGCCUGCCUAAUAUUGAAUGAAUAUGGAAAACUUCUUGGGGAAAAAUCUUGUAUCGACGAAAAUACUAUAAAACAGGCAUUUCAGGCCGGAGAAAGUCUUCACAAAACUGAAUGUAAAGGGGGGGCUAUAUGUCAAAAAUGUGAGUGGGACGAUUGUACAAAUUUUAAAAUUGGACAGAAUGAAAUCGACCGGCCAAAAAUAAAAGGGGAACUUAAGGGGAAUACAGAAAUACAGAAAACUUUAGAGAAAAUAUGUCCGAAAGAUACGAAACCACCAGACCAAAUCAAUACUGACCACAGCACAGGAGGUUCUUCCUCCAGUGGUGGAAGUAGAGCACCCACUCCGGCGUCAGCACCACCAGCAGGAAGGGCUGAAUCAUCAGGUAGUACAAAUACGGUGAAUCAACCAGAUGCAGGUGCUAAAGCAAAAGGUAAGUCUAUACCAGUGAAAUGUGAAGAUGGAGAAGUAACUGGAACUAUUCAGGAUGCAUCUGCAUGCUUCGGUGAUGAAGAUGAUCAGAUUACUGCAGUUGAUGAUGACACAGAUGAUAACCUUGUAAAUGUUAAAAUGGUUGGUUCUUCAGGUAAAAUUGAAGUUACUGAUAUUAAAACUACUCAACCUCCUGACCCCGUUGCAGAUGCAGAUGUUACCCAAAAUCCCAGCACUGGCAGUGGAGCCACUGGAACUCCAAGUUUAGACCCUUCAGGAUCUGUCCAACAUGGCCAGGGUAUUCCAACAAGAAGCUUGAAUCCAGGUUCUUCUGGUUCCGGUUCUACUGGAACCUGGAAACCCGGUUCUUCUGGUUCAGUCGAGCAGAACAAGGACCUGGACAACGUCCUGGUCCAGGGGGUCCUCAUCCACCACCAGGACAGCAACCCCUUUCCACGGGAGAAGGAUGUUAUAGUAGGAGGUGGUUCAGGAAGGGGAGGCGGAGGCGCCCUCCUUCCCCUUCAACCAGUCAGUAAUAAGAUCGACCCUUCUGAGCUCCUUACCCCAUACCUUCCUACAAUUCCUGUUCUAAUUGGUACUUCGGUUGUGAGUUAUUUACUCUGGAAGUAUUUUUUCUUCCUUCGUAAAAAAAGACGACGUUACGGAAUAGCUCAUGAAGUACGUGGUCCUGCUCCUUUAGAAGUACAACUCCCUGAUCAUGUGGACGACCAGGAUGAUGGUCCACAUGAAUAUACUUUAGUAAAGGAACGCAGACAACCAAGAUCUCUUCCAACAGGAAGAAGGAAACAAGUUGGUAAAGGUACUGAUGGUCGUGGUGUAGGUCGCCGCACGAUUAUUGAUAUUCAUUUAGAAGUCUUAGACGAAUGUCAAAAAGGGGACCUGCAUUCCACGAAGGAAGACUUUUUUGAAAUUUUGGUUCAAGAAUUUAUGGGAUGUAGGUUCAUAAAAGGAGAAACGGUUCCUGAAGAUGAAUUUCCUACGGAACACGUUCCUAGUUCAGAUUCCUGGUUUAGGGAGAAAAACAUUCUUCCUAAAGGAAAUGUUCCUAAGGAGCAGGUUCAAAGUUCAGAUUGCGGGUUUAGGGAGGAAGACUUUGUUCCUAAGGAAGAGGUUCCUAUGGAACAGGUUCCAAGUUCAGAUUUCGGGUUUAGGGAAGAAAGACUUUGUUCCUACAGAAGGUGUUCCUAA